GAGGAAACUCAUGGAAAGAAUUUUAUGAAGUCACAAAAGAUAACAAAGUACAAUUAUAUCAUCUAAAUGACAUACCACAUACCAUGACACUUGGAAGUGGAAUAAAUCAACACGAACAAAUAGGACAAGGACAAUUACCUAUAUCAAUAAUAAAACACGUGAUAACACAAGGAAAAGACAUCAUAAUAAAAACACCAAACCCGCGAUGA